AUGACAACAACCAACAUCCUCAUUGUAGGCGCGGGAGCCAUUGGGGCUUUUUGUGCUUCCCGUCUAUCCUUUGCGCCCAAUACCAAAGUCUCCUGCAUCUGCCGCUCAAACUACAAAGCCGUAUCAACCUCCGGCUUCUCAAUCACCUCCCCAACCUUCGGUUCCUACGUAUUCACACCCGCGCAUACAUUCGCAAACCCAGAAGAAGCUGCCGACUCCAAGAUUGAAUGGGACUAUGUAUUGGUUAGCACAAAAGCUUUGCCGGAUGUAAGCGAUGAUUCGAUGAUUCUGGAGGGUUUAUUAGAGGAAGGGCGAACGGCGAUUGUGCUGGUACAGAAUGGAUUGGGCGUUGAGGAACCGUAUACCAAAAGAUUUCCGGGGGUUACGGUGUUGAGCGCUGUUACUAUCAUAAGUGCGGCGCAAGAAGAACCCGGUGUUAUUAAACACAAUCGUUGGACGAGAACGAAUAUCGGGCCUUACCUCCCUGGGACGACCGACGAUACAAAGCUGGAUGCGAAGCAACAAUCAGCGGUGGACAGCAAUACAAAGUUUGUGGAGUUGCUGAAAAAAGGUGGGAUCAAAGAUGCUGACGCAUAUUCUCAUGCGAAAUUACAGAUGGUAAGGUGGCACAAGAUUGCCAUUAAUGCUGCCAUGAACCCAUCCGCAGUUCUGUCUUCUGGAACCACGAACAACGCGAUGUCAUUGGAUCCAGAAUUAUCUCGGCAUUUGAAGGGGGUUAUGGAAGAAGUAUUGAGCACAGCUCCCAAGGUUCUGGGCACACCUUUACCCAAAGAAUUUGCCACACCAGAAGCGAUUAUCAGAAGCACCCAAAAGAAUACUAGUGGCAGCAAACCUAGCAUGUUGCUUGAUUGGGAGCAGGGGAAGAAAAUGGAGUUAGAAGUCAUUCUAGGAAAUCCAAUGAGGAUUGCGAGAGAACAUGGGCUCGAAAUGCCGAGGCUACAGAGCUUGUAUGCAUUGUUGAGGAUGGCCCAAGAGAAUAGAGACGCAGCAAAGAAGGGAAGUAAGCUGUGA